AUGAUACAGAGUAGUGUGAUUUGCUGUAUUAUUGUCACUGUUGUUAUUCUCUUGAUAAUCUCAGUUCCACUGGGAGAUGCCAAAUUAAUUGCCAAUGAGGAUGUAAUGUAUUCAUUAACUCCUUUGGGUGGUAAUGAAGCAAAGUGGGGAUGUGUUGUGUGUACUUUUAUUGCUGGAUUAAUAUCGCAAUUGAAAGAAUUACACCACAUUUCUGCUAAAGAUGCUCGUAGUAUGUUUUGUGGGUUUUUCCCGGGUAGUGAAUCUUUUUUAUGUUCGCUUGCCAGCAUGAUUUUAUUUGACCGUGCGCUUCCACUUAUUGAUCAAAACUAUACCGCUGAUGUUGUGUGCAAUACUCUUUCCUACUGCAAAAAUAGCAAGUGUCGUCUUUUCCCACAGAAUGAAGAUAUGCUUUUGGUCGGCGCACUUCGUAUGAAAUACCAACUGAAUGAUAUCAGAAUAGUUAACGUUUGCCGUGUAUUACCGCAUAUAUGUGGUAGUAAAGAUUCUCAGAAACCGUAUUAUGAUAGUGAUGGUGACGCGUUUUCACCCAAUCCUAUAAAGCGUGGAAGUUACUGGCGGGGUCGUGAUUGUAAUGAUAAGGAUUCUACUAUCUAUCCAGGACGUGAUACUUUAGAUAAUGUAAAGGAUGAAAAUUGCAAUGGUAUUUAUGGUGUGAAUAAUGUAACAGGGAAAACAUAUGAAGAGAUGUGGUGUCAGAAUACUGGGUCAAUGGGUGUUAUCGCAGUGGGAGACAGCGUAACGGCACAUUUUGGCAUUCCAAGCAAAUUUGUAACAGUACAUGAACUUUCACGUGAGGUAUUUUCAAAUUUUUCUCUUGUUGUUGAAAACGAGUUCGAUUGGCCAAUGUUGUCAAGUAUAACAGGAUUUGAUAAUAUUUCAAAAUAUAAGCCAAAUCGGGAAGGUAAUAUGAUUUCUGUGUAUAGUGAGUUGCUAAAACGAAAUAAGUGUAACCAUAGAGAUUACCAGAAUUUGGGAGUUAAUGGAGCUAGCACAUCAGAACUUUCUUCUAUAAUGGAUUCUAUAAAGAGAGAUCGGUCAGAUAAUGUAAAACCGGCGUUUUUGUAUAUAUCCAUGUUAGGGAAUGAUGUCUGUGAUGGUCCUAACGCAACUACCAGUCCAGAGGAGUAUUAUAAUCGUAUUAUCGCUGCUUUGGAAAAGGCUGACAGCCGUUUACCAAGUGGAAGUCAUGUCAUUCUUUCAUCUCUCUCGGAUGGACGAAUUUUGUAUAAUGUAAUGCACAAUCGUACACAUCCCAUAGGAAGUCUUCAUAAUGAUGUGACGUAUUCAAACUUCUAUGAUUUUCUAAAUUGUGUUGAUGUUUCUCCUUGUUGGGGAUGGUUAAAUACUAAUGAAACAGUACGUAAUGCAACAUGGGCUGCAGCUCAGUUAUUGAAUGCUCAAAUUCCUCGUAUUCUAAAUGAAUCGGUAAAGAAAUUUACUAAUAUUCAAGUUCACGCCUUUGAUGAUGUUAUGGCUGGAGCAAUGAAAUCAUUUGAUGGUCCUAUGUGGGAACUUAUUGAACCAGUUGAUGGUUUUCAUCCUUCUCAACACGGAGCUGCGUUGUUGGGAGAAUAUCUUUUUAACAAGACCCUUGAACUUGGGAUUGUACCACCUGUAAACCCCUUUAACGGUGAAAUUAAGAAGCGUUUUGGGGAUCAGGGUGGAUUUUAG